AAAACUUCGAUUAUCUUAGACGAAUGUAACGAACGGUUAUCCCGAACUUUUAAGCCUUUUGCCAGGUUUAGAAAAUAAUUUUUUAGGCAAUAUUCUACUCCAUUGAACAGUUAUUUUACAGUAGUAGGCUGCCCUAUGUUAAAAUGCCCUGAAAUAGCAAACUACCCCUUUAAUUUAAAGUGUAGAAGAACACAUAAGUAAUGCAAAAGAGCUUAACAAGGGCUUUCGUUGAACCAGCGUUUGAAAAGUGUAUCUCACAGUCAAUAAGGCUAAAAUUGCUUGAUGGUGUGACUUUCUGUUAUGAUUGAGUGAUUUUUCUUCUACUUUCGUCAGUUACUUUAAUCGUGUCUUUUACAACUUUAAUGUAUUUUACCGUAGAAUCUUUGAGACGUGAUGGACCUCUACACAUUGUUGAAUUUAGCAUUGAUUUGAAGUCCCAUAAGGAUGCCGUUCCUGCAUCAGUUGGAGCAUUCGUUUACCUGACAGGUAGGAUAUUCAAUCAAAACAUUCAAUCGUGAGAGCAGGAGAUUUGCUAAUAGCUUAGCUAGCCUGUUCACAGACCCUCUCUUUGCUCUUCAAAGUCCGUCGAGCGCGGGGAAUUUAUUGACCGCCAGCGCAAGGGGGGCCCGUUCUUUAAGCCAAGAAGCCAAAAAAGCGCGCCUUCACAUCGAAUUUUACACUGAAAUUGUGGAACGAUCUGACGCUUUAAAAUGGAACGAUCUGGCUUGGGACGAUCUGACCAUGGAUCUAAGUGACCGUAAACCAAAAUGAUAACCGAGGGGUGAAAGGAAUUGAAAGUUUCCGGAGCGCGUACUUUAAGUAUCUCUUAUUUCCCCCUGCUUGUCAGUAGCGAUAGAAUAAUUUUUUUGAAGUGUCUUCAUGACAAUAAAUGUUGGUCGGAGUGGUUUAUAGCAUUUUUCAGCACUGAGUAAUUCUUUUCGAUCAAUACAACAAGCUUUUUCUUAGCGAUCGGGUUUGCAUAAUUACAACACAAGAUACGCUAGCAGUGAAAAUAUAUUUUCCACCGUUAUUUAGCCUCGAAUUCUUUUUUACAGUUUGUCGCCUUCAGGCGUCACACUUAUGGUUAGGGCCGCACGCGAUCCACUCAUAGCUGAUUUUACCUGGUUUUGCGGUUAUUUAAGCGAUAAAUAAUUAACGUUCGUUUGAGCGAAGCUAAUUACAACGUAAUCUCUAUAACAGCCAGGCGUCACAACUAAUGUAGGUAAACAGUAAUUUCGUUUAUGGCAAUCGAUCUUUGGAAAUAUCUCCCUUUGCACGUCAAAUUUUUAAACGGGCGUCUUAAAGCGCAUCUCAGUUGAACUAAAUGGUUACAACUAGAAAUCGUUCUAGUUAACUUAGCCCCCAGAGUCUUAUAGUACAUUUGUAUUUCAUCUAUAAGUAUUUUUGUGUGUACUAAAGAGAAUGUUAAUGCAGAUUGUAAAUUGGUGAAUUGACCAAAAGAGCAAGGAAAUUCUGUCUGUGUAUCCGUGGGAUAAUAAAAGUACCAACUAGUAAAAUGCGAAAUGAUUGAUGUGCGAAGCAUGGUCGUUUUUCUUGCAUAACAAUUCAUCAUAACAACGGAAUAAACCUAUCUAAAAAAGAGUUUAGUGGGACAAUUUUGGGUUGCUCAGUUGUAAUCAGUUUCUGAGUUGUUUGAGCGAAGCUUAAAAUUUUUUACCCAGAUUUACUUUUUUCAUUUACUUUUUUCAUUUAUUUUUUCUUUAAUCUCAUUAUUCCAACCUUAAAUUGUAAAAUUUUGUAUAUAUGGCAAAUAAAGAAUCAAUGAAUGAAUGAAUGAAUAAAUGAAAAGGGUUCAGAACAAUUUUAAUUUUAACUAGAGGUGGCUAGAGAUUAUUUUCGCGCUUCUUGUAACAACAGUUUUCGAUUUUUUUUAGGAAACCUGCUUGGACCUGUUGUCAACACUACUAUCCAGGGUGGCCUGGAGAAGUUUUUCCGUCAACCCACUGGAUGUGGGGAGCAAAAUAUGAUCGGUCUCGCUCCGAACGUCUACGUUUUAGGAUAUUUGAGUGCUACCAAGCAGUUAUCUGGGGACAAUGAGGAAAAUGCUUAUCGUUUCAUUCAGUCUGGUGAGCUCAGGGUUAUGGCGUUUAAAUUUAAAGCGGGACGCAUACUAUUUGGGUAUUUUUGUCUUAUCAAAGCCUCACCUUUAAGGCACAAAAAAAUGCUACCGUGACUAUUUUAAGUCAAUUAUUGUGUUACAAUACUGAUUGUGGUAAAGUCAAAUCUCUGUUAGGGCCUAUCAUGAAGCUCUCAGAACGUGUUGUCUAAUAUUAGCUAUCGAACCAAUCGAUUUAUGACUCAAAACAAUGUCCCUUAUGCCUAAAACCAAUAGCGGGGGUGUUUUCAAAGGCCAAUGAAAACGGAGGCACCAGCUCAGCGAGGGGUAUUCUACUAAGUGGCAAAACUCUCUUUAGGCCCUUUUUAUUGGAGAAAACCUGUCCCGGCCCGCGGGAAUAAGGGUCACCCUCUCAUCGGAGUCAACUGAAGCGAUCUUUUAUGUGAUAAAAAAGUUGACCCCUCUGCCCGAACCAACAGCUCUCACGCAUGCUCUGAUUGUCUCACCUUGACCGAGCUGACCCGGCUGAGUGAGCCAAAAUAAUUAUAUGGGGAAAGGUUGGCCCGGCCAGAAGGGUGACCCUACCAUCACAAAAGGAUGACUUGGCUAGACAGGUCCCCCUUCUAGCCGAGUCAACUUUUUGUUUCUAGUUUAAACGCCUUGCCAAAUUUUAUAAAGAAAAUGGAAGAAAAUGUGGCUAGCCCAGGGUAGCUCGGGUAGGCGGUGACUUUUCCACCGUGUACAACUUAUCUCAGUUUAAACCGGGCCUAAGUGACAUGUUCGGAGAAGUCCCGUUGGACAAGAUGUUUAUUCCUUACACACAGAAUUUCUCGGCUACUUGACCCUUUCUUGAGUUAAUUUGGUCGCUAAAUAGAGGUUCGACUGUACGCUCUUCUAGGAUACCAAAGUGAACUGAACUACCGUCGCAAUGACAAGUCCUUUAGCGCUUUUGGAAACAGCCGACCAGGAAGUACAUGGUGUGUAAAUAUUCAGUGCUUUAUCAUUGUCUGGUAUCUUUAAUCUUUCUAGAGCCUGUCAUUUUUUAACCCGGGUAGCAGUGCUAUCUAUACAUCACUUGCCUUUUUUUCUGUUUGAAGGCUGACAGCUUUUGUAAUGAGAGUAUUUUGCCGGGCUAAACAGUUUCCUGGGAUCAAUGUGGAUGAAAACCUUGUUUGUGAGUCAGUGCAUUGGUUAAUUCAGAAUCAACGCGGAGAUGGUGCUCUCCCAGAGGUCCACCAUGUCAUUCAUAGAGAGAUGGUGGUAUGUAAGCCCUGUAGUGUUACCUUUUAUGGAAUUCGAGAUUUAUAAAGGUUGUCGCGAAGCAAUUCUUCGCGAAUUUUUGUCUGCGUAACGAAAAGAAGACAAUAGAAAGUAAUGUUACUGCACAUGGCCUAAAAGCUAACAAAUGAAGUGUGUGAAAAUUAAUUUAAGAAUUAAAAACGCCCGUACAUUUUACCGCAGUUUAGUAGGGAAUAAGUAUUUCUGGUUCUCAGUAAUAAAAUUACUAAUUUAUUUUGCCUUUGAUGUGGGUAGACGGGGGGGAAGGGGUAUUCUGCUGCAGGCUAGGGUUACGCUCCAGUUGAUUUACACAGGAACCUGAUGGGGCAAUCUCCGAGAAAGUGGGUUGUGGACUUAGGUUCUCUGCUCACAUUUAUGUGCCCAAAACUGUUUAGAAGACUGCAAAUAGAUGCUGACCGUUCGGACGAAUAUUGGCAUUUAAAUCCUUGAUGCACUCAACUAAAUAUUAAUUAAAUGUUUCGUAAAUGGAUAAACUAAGGCCUAUUUCUCAUGCAUUUAAAUUCUUUUCUUAUUUAAGGGAGGAAUAUACGGUAACGAGGGAGACGUUGCCAUGACAGCCUUUGUUUUGUCGACUCUGGCAGAAUGCAAGUGCAACGGAGUGGUAUGUGUUUGAGUUACUUCAGGUUAACGUGGUGAUAAUUUUAAUACAAGAAAAUCAACUGGUGAAAUAUCAUUAAAAAUAAAUAAAGUACUACUGGCAGCGGAAAGUUUUUAAAGUUUUUUUAAGUGUGGGGUUGAUGGGGAGGAGGAAUCACUCGUCGUACAUCACGCCAAUCGCAUACCCCUCCUCGAAUUUACCAUAAUGUUCUAUUCGUAGCUCUUUGCAAUCUUAACACUACUCACUGUUUGCUUAGUCAACCAUUGUUCAGACAACCCUGCAACAUAGGCUUUAUGUUGCUUCUUAGUUCUUGAUCUGAGUUGUCGGAGGGAAAAGCCAUCAAUGUCAUUGGGAAUGUAAAAUGCAAUGUGGUUUAACGAUCUGUGAAAAGAUCGUGAGACCAGAUAUUUGCCAAAUAAACAUUUUUACUCUUUGCAAGCGAUAUUUUCGGCACCAAUUUGUGGGAAGCCAAAUCCCCCCAAAAUUUUGAGGACCAAAGGUCGCAUAGGUCCUACUCCUGCCCUGCCUACUUUGCUGCCAAUGCGGGGAAAAUAAAAGUACAAUUUCCCACCGGUUCGCUCUCUCUUUUCAGAGUUGUUGCCAACUGAAUAAGGUGGCCUUAUUCUUUUUGGUUCAUUUAUUUUCACUUUGUAACAUCCAUAUCUCCCGAGCCCCCUGAGUCACUGACUGAACAGACAUCUUUUAAAUCCAUAUUUAUUUAUUUAUAUAUUUUGCCACGCAGAUAAUAUUACAUUGAGAGUAAGUUGUGUUUGAUUUGUGUUUUCAGAAUUCCCAGGCAGCCAUUACGCUUGCUACACAGUACCUGGAAAAUCAAUACAGGACCCUAAACAGACCGUACAGUAUGGCACUGACAGCUUACGCGCUGAGUCUGGUGAACAGCGCAGAAAAAUUCAAAGCAAACGACAGGCUUGUGCAGAAUGCUGUCUACGAUAAUGGUUCGUGUGUUUCUUCGCAGUAUCAGACUGUUUUCAAAUUGACAUGACUAAAGAUAGUAGUGUUUAGUAAGCUUACGUACGCAUUGCAUAUACUGUAGCUGUAGAUCCUGCAUGCUCAGCCUUAUGGAGUCAGUGGUGCUUAGGUAACACUAUUUCCAAAAAAAAAAAAAAAAAAAAAAAAAGAAAAAAAAGAAAAAAAAAGUGGGUAAAACAAAAAAAAGCAGAAAUAAAAGAGGGAAAUUUAAGUUGAGGACACCAUAAAAUUUUUUUACAAACCCGACUUUGAAGUUGCAGCCUUAACAAAAUUUUCGGGUUAAGUCCUUUUUGUGUGGUAGAAGGCGGAGAGUGCGUUACUGGGCUGUCGUGGGAAGGGUGUGGCGUGAUCUGUUGUCUAUCAGUGAAGAAACGUCCGUGUAUUUAAAAACGUGUUGGGCCUGUUGGUAAGCAGAAGGAUGUGAAUAACGAUAUUAUUUAAACACCUCCUUGCCCCGCCCCCUUACCCGCCCGUCCUUCACCCCCCCCCCCCCCCCCCCGCUUUCUCUCUUUCUUGCUUCAGGAGACGAGUUAGAGAGGACCCUGGGAAUGAGAUUGUCGGUUAUACAGUUACAUCGCUUAAUAGGUCAAUUUAGGGUUGUAUGCUAAGUAACCCAGCCUUCGAGUGGAAGUGGGCCCCUGGAGAUAACUAAGUUUUGAUAGAAACCUCAGUGCCGUUUGUCUGCAUAUAUUAGGAAGUUUAAGAAACGACGUUUUUGAGCGACGCACGUCAACUGAAAGUGGACUUUUUGCACUCUUGAGCCAUGAUUGUGAACAAAUUUUCCCAGCAGACCAUUUCUAUCAGAGUAAAGACACUUAGCAAUACAAAUUUGAUCAGUAAGUACGCAGCUCUUCAAAACCUCUAAUUUCAUUGGUUCUAAAUAACACGCAGCUCCGUUGUUUUGGGGAUAGAGUCAUAGUCAUAUUUCUAUGUCUAUUGUUUUCACAGCUAAUACUGUGAGGCCUUGAAGGACCUGCGUGGCGCCCCAAUUUGAUAGCAUCAAGGCAUAUCAAUAGGGAAGAGGACUCACUUCAGGUUGACGUGCGUCGCUCAAAGAUGUCGUUGCUUAAACUCCCUUUUUUGCGUGAUUUACUUGUAAAAAGAAUGUUUUUUUAAAUCAAGGUCAUCACUAGCCGAAUUAAAGCGCUUGAUAAUGGUCAGUUUUACAGUAAUUAAGGGAAACUAUUUUCAGGACUUCGGUAAGUGACAGCUUAUAAUAGAGGUUCGCUUAAUUUUGACUGUAUUUUUUUUUUCUACAGGACACAGUUGUGGCGCUACAGGCUCUUGCUGCGUACAGCGAUAA